AGAAAUCGUCUGCCACUCUGCCAGUACUGGACGUCUUUUUUUGUUUACUUACAUUUUUCUCGUUUUCACCCGUUUAAAACAUAUCUUAACUUUGUUGGAAAAAUCUCUUGUUAAGAUUGAUAAACUAAAACUGAUUUAAAAUGAGUCUUUGGGUUGAUAAAUAUCGUCCUAACACACUUGCAAAACUAGACUUUCACCUUGAACAAGGAGAACGCUUGCAAAAAAUGGUAACCAAAGGUAAUUUCCCUCAUUUGCUUAUCUAUGGCCCACCUGGAGCAGGAAAGAAAACACGAGUAUCAGCACUCCUGAGAGAACUUUAUGGACCUGGAGUGGAGAAGCUGCGUAUGGAGCAUCAGAAUUUUACAACCCCAUCCAACAAGAAAAUAGAAGUCAUGACAGUCGCAAGCAACUAUCAUAUUGAAGUUAAUCCAAAUGAUGCAGGGAUCUAUGACAGAAUUGUUAUCCAAGAAAUGAUCAAGAACAUUGCUCAAGCACAACAAUUAGAUAUUGGUGGUCAAAGAGAAUUCAAAGUUGUUAUACUGACUGAGGUUGACAAAUUAACCAAGGAUGCCCAACAUGCUCUCAGGAGAACCAUGGAAAAGUACAUGACUACCUGUCGCUUGAUCCUGUGUGCAAAUUCAACUUCAAAAAUAAUUGCACCACUUCAAAGCAGAUGUCUUGCCAUAAGAGUUCCAGCCCCUAGCCAAGAUGACAUAAUUAAAGUUUUGCAGAUGGUUAGUAAGAAAGAAGGGAUUACCUUGCCCGCCGAUUUUGCCAUUCGUAUUGCAGAGAGAUCUGAACGUAAUUUAAGGAGAGCUCUGUUAAUGUUAGAGGCAUGUAAAGUACAGCAGUAUCCUUUCAGUGUUAAACAAGAGAUAGUUGAACCGGAUUGGGAAGUUUAUCUUCGAGAAACAGGACAAAAGAUGGUUUCUGAACAAAGUCCUAAAGCGUUGCUGGAAGUACGAGGAAGAAUCUAUGAACUUCUAUCUCACUGCAUUGCCCCGGAAAUGAUCAUUAAGAAACUGCUCAAAGAAAUUCUGAAAAACUGUGAUGGUCAAUUAAAAGCUGAAGUAACUUCAAUGGCAGCUUACUAUGAACAUCGCCUUUGCCUUGGAAGUAAAGUUAUCUUUCAUAUUGAGGCUUUUGUUGCUAAAUUCAUGGCAAUUUAUAAGCGUUUCCUGGAAGAUAGCUUUGCUAAUAUGAUGUAAGAAUUAUUUUUUAUUACAUCCUUUAAACUUUGUUUUAAAUAAUAAUUUCGUAACAAAAUGUGUAUUACACGAUUGAGCAACAGUAAA